AAAGACGGUAUUGAUCGCGGAAAUAUUGAAACCUUCCUUUCCAGUAGUAUCGCUGCUGUAUUUUUUGCAGCUUUUGUUGUUGCUGGAACUAUGUGGUAUGGUUCAGCAACUACACCGAUUGAAUUAUUUGGUCCUACUCGUUAUCAAUGGGAUCAGGGAUACUUCCAGCAAGAAAUAUAUCGAAGAGUUGGUGGUGGGCUAGUCGAAAAUCAAAGUUUAUCAGAAGCUUGGUCUAAAAUUCCUGAAAAAUUAGCUUUUUAUGAUUACAUCAGUAAUAAUCCGGCAAAAGGGGGUUUGUUUAGAGCGGGCUCAAUGGACAAUGGAGAUGGAAUAGCGGUUGGUUGGUUAGGGCAUCCUAUCUUUAGAGACAAAGAGGGGCGUGAACUUUUUGUACGUCGUAUGCCUACUUUUUUUGAAACAUUUCUGGUUGUUUUGGUAGACGGAGACGGAAUUGUUCGAGAAGAUGUUCCUUUUCGAAGGGCAGAAUUGAAGUAUAGUGUCGAACAAGUAGGUGUAAUUGUUCAAUUCUAUGGUGGCGUACUCAAUGGAGGCAGUUAUAGUGAUCCUGCUACUGUGAAAAAAUAUGCCCGGCGUGCUCAAUUGGGUGAAAUUUUUGAAUUAGAUCGUGCUACUUUAAAAUCGGAUGGUGUUUUUCGUAGCAGUCCAAGGGGUUGGUUUACUUUUGGACAUGCUUCAUUUGCUCUGCUCUUCUUUUUCGGGCACAUUUGGCAUGGUGCUAGAACCUUGUUCAGAGAUGUUUUUGCUGGUAUUGAUCCAGAUUUGGAUGCGCAAGUAGAAUUUGGAGAAUUCCAAAAACUGGGAGAUCCUACUACAAAAAAACAGGGAAUAAUCCCCCCACCCCAAAACAGGUAUGAAAGAUUUAUGGCUACACAAACCGUUGAGGGUAGUUCUAGAUCUGGUCCAAGACGAACUGUUGUAGGAGAUUUAUUGAAACCAUUGAAUUCGGAAUAUGGUAAAUUAGCUCCGGGGUGGGGAACUACCCCUUCGAUGGGGAUUACAAUGGCCCUAUUUGCGGUAUUUCUCUCUAUUAUUUUAGAUAUUUAUAAUUCGGGGGUCCCCUGGUUUACCUAUCUCAAUAAUAUCUAUGAUUGGUUCCAAGAACAUCUUGUGAUUCAGGCCAUUGCCGAUGAUAUAACUAGUAAAUAUAUCCCUCCUCAUGUCAAUAUAUUUUAUUGUUUAGGAGGAAUUACACUUACUUGUUUUUUAGUGCAAGUAGCGACGGGUUUUGCUAUGACUUUUUAUUAUCGUCCAACCGUUACUGAGGCUUUUGCUUAUGUUCAAUAUAUAAUGACUGAGGCUAACUUUGGUGGGUUAAUCCGAUCAGUUCAUCGUUGGUCAGCAAAUAUGAUGGUCUUAAUGAUGAUCUUGCACGUAUUUCACGUGUAUCUCACUGGUGGUUUUAAAAAACCUCGUGAAUUGACUUGGGUUACAGGUGUAGUUUUGGGUGUAUUGACUGCAUCCUUCGAUGUAACUGGUUAUUCUUUACCUUGGGACCAAAUCGGUUAUUGGGAAGUCAAAAUUGUAACAGGUGUACCCGACACUAUUCCUGUAAUAGGAUCCUCGGUGGUAGAGUUAUUGCGCGGCAGCGCUAAUGUGGGACAAUCUACCUUGACUCAUUUUUAUAGUUUACAUACUUUUGUAUUACCUUUUCUUACUGCCGUAUUCAUGUUAAUGCACUUUCCAAUGAUACGUAAGCAAGGAAUUUUUGGUCCUUUAUAGAGAAUAUGAAUCAUAGAUAUUUGUAAUCAAUCAUUUUGGGGA